ACCGCACUGGAAGCAACGCCCUAUUACUCGCGUUGUGCUCGCGGCACAAGAGCGUCAUAUCUAAUCGCGACAUUGAACAGUCAAGAUUUGUUCACGUUUCAUUGUUCGCCUUCGAUCACUUAUGAGAAAUUUCAACAAAAGCCAGCGGCAAUAGCAUGCGCGCUCUUUCAAUUUGGACACUCCUGGUGGUGUUUGCCACGCAUGGAUACGGUGGGCCUUUGGAUAGACUCUUUUGUCCUACAAUAUGCAACCCGCAACCGCAGGAGCCCUUGCGUACAUGUGUCUACAGAUGCGGCUUCUUAAAAUACGGAAAAUACUUCGAUGGCAGCCCUUGUUGGUACUUAGUUGGAACCGGCAAGAUAGUGAACGCACGGGGCUUCUGCAACCAGGGAAUAUGCCUCAAGGUGUUUACUGCCGGUUACGAUGGCUCUGACGCACAGAAGAACUGCGAAGUUAAGCAGACCAAGAUUCCCAUCAAGAACGAGACAGGUUCGAACGAGACAGGUGUAAAAG